AUGGCCAGUAAUUUUAAUGCUGUGGGACAAAUGAAAGAACUCCACAAGCCCGAGCCUGAAGCCAUGCAAAAUGCACUUUGGUGCCCCGUGUGGCCUAUUCUCCGACGCAAAGUUAUUUACAAUGAUUCUCUCGUGCUUUGGCUCCUUAUUGUAUAA